CCGCUUCCCCGUGUCAUCUGUCAGAGACUGCGUAACAUUAGCGAGCCUUCUCUCGCGCUUGCAAGCCGGUUAAUGCACCUCUCAUAUUCUUUCACCGUGGGGCAGACAGUCGGACCCAGUCGGAGUUGGUCGGAAGUCAUUAAAAUAAAGCGCGCGUCUUAGUAAUCGUUGGCGAUUACAGCGCUCGUUGACGAGCCGGAGAAGCUGCGAACAUCCGGUUCGAGGUUAUCAGAAAAAAAAAAAGAAAGAAAGAAAAGGAAGAAACAUGUCGUCUGCACCCUGCAUCGUUGGCACGAUGGUUGGCACUCAGCAAUGUUCACGAAGACGUUAGCCCGUCACCAACCGCCUUAACAUUGCCGUACGAGGCUCGCUUUGUGGAAGACAUGUGGUGGCGAAGUAACUGUUGGGCGAAACACCGUGUGGGAAACACAGCUUAACCCAGAGAGCCUUUAAGGGCUAUGCCCAUUGGAAUGUCGAUAUGUCUUGGUUGGGCGGCACACUGUCGUCACUCACCAGCCAGAUAUCAAAUCUGACGAGCGAAGUUCUGCUCGAAGGACGAGAAGAAUUGGACGACCAAGGAGCCCAACUGCAGCUGUUUAAAGGCCGUCUCGAGCAGCUCGAGGGUUGCAACGCCACUCUUCGUAAAGAGGUCGAGCGCCUUCGGUCGGCCAACGCCGAGCUCGAGGACCGUUGCCACGCCACCGAGCUGCAGCUGUGCGCCGAGCGGCGCUCCAGGGCGGAGGAAGGGCGCCGGCGCAGCUGCGGUGACUACGACCACCGGACUCGGAGCUAUCUAUUCUUCACCGGAGCCGUCGCCUCGCCGGGCUACCACCUUUGCCUGCUGACAUGUCCAACGACGGAGACGUUCACAGUCCGAUGUCUGCUUCUCGGGGAUUCAUGCCUGCUGGUCAGCAAUGGAGGAGGAAACGAGCUAUCUUUGCUCUUGGAGCAGCAGAGGGAUCGCAUCCAGGUGCUCGAGAGGGCGCUUUCCGAGGCUGCUGUUGAGCGGCAGGAAGAAGUGGCCACCCUGCAGAGUCACCAUGCAAGGCAGCUCGCCGAGGCACGGCUUCAACAGCAGCAGAACAUGGCCACAGAAGCUGAUGUGCCAUCAUCACAGCAAACGUCAAGCGCUGACCCGCAAGUGCCCAAACCAAAUGCCUCCGUGAGUUCAGAGCUGUUGAAGAAAAGAGAAUCAAAAGAUGGCGCCUGCCAGACUACCACUGUGCCUGAUAGUGUGGUCAAGCAGUUGCUUCAGGAAAAGCAGCAGUUGGAAACAAGCCUUGUGGAGUUGGACCAACAGAAUCAGGAAGCCCUUUCACAGUUGCUGGCCUUAAAAACAAAACUCGAGGCUGAAAACCGCCACCUAGCCAAGGAGCUGAGGAAGCUAAAGGAGCGUGUGAACUAUGAAAAGCCAGUCUCAUGUCAAGCCUCGCAGACAGACUCCACAUCACUCCGAACUGCUUCAGUUGAGACAGAAAGCUUCACUGCAUCAACUGCCUUGUCUUCAAGAGGUGUCCAGACUGAAUUUGUCACAGAAACAUCCCGAGAGUUCCCCAAACAGCACUCGGCAGGUGUCAGGUUGGAAGCUAGACUGCAGGAUAAUUGCCAAGCCCAGGAAGAGCGUGACAGAAAUCUUGAAGAGGCCAGAGAGAAGUGCAUUUCGCUCGAGCAAGAGCUUGCCAGCCGCAGUGCUCGAGAGGAAGAGCUGGAAAAGAAGCUACAGGAACUGACGGCCAGCGUCAAGGUGGCCACCACUAAUGAUGUCUUCGGCGAGCGCCAGGAAGGAGAUGGAGCCGCGGCGCAGGACACCUCCACAACGGCCAUGGCCAGCAUGGAGGAACGCCUCCGCAGCCUGCAGGCCGACAAGGACCGCAUCCUUUCGGUGAUGAAUGAGAAGUCACGUGAGAGUAGCUCGCUCAAGGCCGAGGUGCACCGGUUGCUCGGUGUAGUUGCCCAGGAGCGGCAGGCGGCGGCCAAGCUGCGUCGCGAGAAGGAGCAGCAGGUGGCUUCAGCUGGCUCCCGGGAGAGCGAGGACGUCGAGCUGACACGGCAGGCCCUGCGCAACCUCUCGCAGCUCGUGCGAGACCGCGAGCUCGAGGUCGAAGCCGAGAAGCAGAAGAACAGCACACUUCUCCAGCUCCUGCGGCAGUGCUCGCCAGUUGACCAGGACCAGCUCCAGGAACUGCUGGAGGAGCGCGAGUCUCUCGCUCAGCGAGCUGCCCUUGCUGACGAGGAGCAGGGCCGCCUCAAGGUGCUGCUGCAGCAGAAGGAAGGGGAGCUGAGUGACGUGCGAGCAGAGGUGGACCGGCUCACUCUCGACAUGGGGCUGGUUCGGCUGGAGCUGGACUCAGCGACACAGAAGCUGGAAGAAAAGACGGGCAUGCUUGCAGCUGUGCGGGAGGAAGCCCUUGCACUGAGACAGCGGAUAGCGGAGCUAGAAAUGCGCUUGCAGGAGCUCCAGAACCAAAGGGACCAGCUUGCUCAACAGCAUAGUGAAAGCCAGAGUUCACAAGAUGACGAGGGAGACAAAGCAGACGGUGAUUCACACAGGUCUCUCUCGAGGAGCAGUUCAGGAGGUCUGGAUCCUGUGGGCACUUCCGGAGCCUUAGUGCAGCACUGGCAGAUGCAAGCAGAGCAAUAUCAGAAGCAGGUUCAAGAGUUGCAAUUGAAAGAGGCCAAACUGAGCAAGGAACUCGAGCGACUCCGGACCCAUCUUAUUCAGAUGGAAGAAAGCUACACUCAAGAGGCACUUCAGGCUGAGUCUCGGGAAGAAAGUCUUCGAACCCGGUUGAUGAAACUGGAAGAGUGGGCAAGAGUUUCUGACUCUGCGGCUCAAAAUGCCACGGAACAGGCGAGUAAGCAAGUGGGAAACCUUGUGCAGCAGUUGGCCCUGGCCCAGACACAGCAAUCUGCGCUAGCUGAAGAACUGCGCCACAGCAAAGCCUCACUUGCCAACCUGCAGUCGGUGCUGGACCACUUCCAGACAGAGAAGGACAGAGAGAUUCAGUUGCUGCGCUCCUCAUACGAGUCCCAGCUAUCCUUGGAGAGGGAGAAGUCUCGGCAGCUUGUUGCCCUGGUGACCCAGAAACAGGAGCAACUAGAAGGAAGCAGAGAUGCUCUCGAAGCUGCUGAGCGCCUCAGCCAGCAGCUGGACCGCCGAGAGGAGGUGAUAGCGGCACUGAAGCAACAACUCUCGGAGCGGGAAGCUGAGGUGGAGAGGAUACGUCAAGAGGUGCACGUUGUCCGGAGCACGACGGAGGGAAAAGUUGACAAGCAAAUAAUGAAAAGUUUAGUGCUGGGUUACUUCAGCAGUCCACAGGGUCAGCGCCCAGAAGUGGUCCGACUACUAGCUCGUGUGUUGGACUUCAGCCGGGACGAAAUGGACAAGGCAGGCAUCAGCCUGGGUUCUCAAGAUGGCAGGAUCCACAUAGGCUGGAUUUCUGGCUUCUUUCGGAAGUCCACCGGAGCUGGCGCCGGCACCGGUGCCAUACCCAGGCCACUUAACCGAGAGUCCUUUUCGGCGCUGUUUGUCAAGUUCCUGCAGGAGGAGUCCGAGCCUCAGAAAGAGGUGCGCUUGCCCGUGGAGGCCAUGGCUUUAGGAACCGUUUCCCGGCUGCCAGCAAUCAAAGCUGCUCCCAAAGCAGCAGCCACCAAUACACCACACCUUUUGCUGCAACCAAUGUCGGAGUCCCUUCCAACUCUAGCCCCAGUGACGCUGGCCCCCGAGGAUUCCAGGAGCAGUGCCACCAACUCUACUGCAUUCCUCCAAGAAAUGCUGAGCUGAGCUUAGCGAACUGUGGUGCUUUCUCUGCACUCCAUUUGGAAAUAUUGCCUCAGUCCACUACACGAUGACUCUUUCUUAGAAUAUAUGUUAUUUUUGUAUGUUGUGUCA